AUGGCGUUUUCCAUGGUUACUUGCACCGUCGACAAAAGGAAGUUGGACAACAUUUGCCGCCUCUGCCUGACGGACGUCCCAGAGGCCGGUCAUUUGCAGCCGAUCUUCCCUGUACGGGGCGGGAAAAUUACCAACCCGUCUGCAGUCGUCAACAAGAUACGCCAGUGCACCUCGCUAAAGCUGGAACCCGGAAUCAGUGGUCCACGAUCGAUAUGCGAGCUGUGCAGCGUCAGGUUGGAGGAUUGGUACGCGUUCCGCGAGCAAUGUCUCGGCACGGACGAAUACCUGAGGGCCGGUUUGAUGGGGUCGACGAAAGGGUUGGCCGAUGAACAGGCAGUGGCAGCGUUCAAUCUAUCGCUCACCGAAUCGGCCACCGAACAAUCACUACCAUCGUUGUCCCUCGCCACCAGUGGACGGCUCAGUUUGUCCAAUCGUCGAAAGAGCACCUUCGAAUAUGCCCACCCCGAAACGGUCAAUGAGAUGAUGGAAGAAUGUGAUACGGUGGACAACGGUGCAAUUCACCAUUCAUUCGAAACCGAACCUAUCUCGUCGGUGCAGUCAUCUCCGGCGUCACUACUGCAGUCCGAUUGGAUGAGUGAGUACCGCGCACGCGUCGAGGCCCAAAGCGCGGGGGAGACCAGUGUUCGGCCGUACAAGUGCAUGCUUUGCAAGAAACAGUUCAAGCAGCAGAUGAACCUGCGCCGCCACAUCAAGUACAAUCACGCCAGAGAAGACCGCGGCGCAAUGGACGACAAUUACAGUACGGCGCCCGAGUCAUACACCACCGAAGGAGCGAGGACGGAUGCACCUGAUGCUAAACAAUGUCCAGCACCACCGGCCAUGCUACUGGUCGCCAAGCAUUUCUGUGAAGUGUGCUCCCGUUCGUUUAAGAUGGCAGCCCAUUUGGCCAUGCACAAGAAGACACAUCAGUCCGUCGGCACCGAACAGACGAAGCACCAGAAGCUCGACACCGCUGCGCCAGCGUCGCAGAUCGGUGGCCACAACAGAACCGGACGGAAAACCGACAUCGAACCGAGUGACAUUAUCCAGCUGUCGGAUGACGAAGAUGACCACGGGGUAGCAAAGGAAGAUGCGACGGACGGUGGCGGUAGUGGUGAUGCGAAUGGAUACGGGCACCAGGUAAACGACGACGAGCUAGACGAUGGGUUCGAUGAGGAAGAGGGCAGCCUCAAGAGCUCGGACACAAAGAAUGGCGACAUGCCGAUGACUGACCCAUCCUCGUUGGCGAUCGUCGAGAUCGGGGCGGAUGAUGAAGGGAAUGGCGACGUUGGUGGAGCCGUGCCAGAGAAGGGAGCAACCCCACCCCCACCGCCACCACGACUGUCACCGCCGGUAACGAUGGUGCUAUCAUCGCGUCCUGGGCCACUGUCGUCUAAACGAAGGUACAUCACCACGGGUGAUGGUGAAGCCGUCUCCACUGCCAAAAGGGCCACCACCAGCGUCAGUCCCACACCGCCGGUCAACUGUCGGCAAUCGUUUCCUGGGCCUGUGCCGCAGGUCGCCACACCGUUCCGAUGCGUCUUCUGCCAAGAAACGUUUGCCCGGGAGGAGACAAUGCGUGCCCAUAUGAAAACGCACCAGAACGAUGCGGCCGUUCCGUUCCGGUGCCCGGUCUGCCGUAAAGGCUUCCGGUACCGGCAAAACUACAUCAUACACGUGGAAAACCAAACGUGCCGCAAUGCGGCAAUGGUGGCGGUAUCGGUCAUAGGUAGCAACAAGGAACCAGCGGGCGCUCUUGCUUCAUUGAUCUCGGCUCCGUCGGGCGAGCCGACGAAUGAGCAGUCGACGACGGUAGGGCAAACAUUGCCAAGGAUGGUGGCUAAAAAGCGCGCUUGGUAGUAGAGAGUCGCCGCCAGAACGAACACUUCGCAGUAUUUUAUGGGAAAAAUUCUGUUGACGCCCGUUAGUGGCAGGCGUUUCAGCGAUCGCCGUGAUUUCCCGAAAGAGACGAUACUUUUGCUCGAAGAUUACUUUUUAGAUGUACCGUGCCAUACUCACGCUUCCGUGCCACGUUCCACUCGGAGCGCGGUGUCAUUUGAGACUCAAAACAUGAGA